GAGCCGAUGAACGAACAGAAAACGGCGAAUGCGGCAAAAGGUUCUCUGGCCCGACUGUAUUUUAUUUCCUCCCAUCGUGCGGCCUACCGUAACUGCCACGCCUGACUGCAUAGCUUUGACAUCGCCAACGGCGCUGAACGCAAACACACUUGUCACUUGCGUCAUGUGUCACAGCUGACGUUGCCCGGCUCGACGCGAUGCGAUGAGGGCGAUGACGACGAGACGGCCACUGCGGCCACUGGUUCCUUUCACGCGGGGAACAGUUCGCUUCCACAGCUUUUUUCUUCUUCCUCGAAGGCUACCUGGCACGCUCUUGUCGCGAUUUGAAGACGACGCACCUCUGUGAUUCAUGUUGAUACACUCGAAUGUCCAAUCCGCCGCGACCAACACCGCAGAGCAUGGCGUGCACCAAGCAAUUGCUGGCUGUCCUCGUGUUUUUUGUACUCGCGUCACUAUAUGUGGCGAACAUCGACGACUCGCCCAAGCAAGAACAAUUGUGGCCUGCCGAAGUUGACGACGUUUCGGCGGACACUGUACCCAACGACGAACACCGCCACCUCAUGUACUUCGUUCAGGUCUCUGACACGCACCUAAGUGGCUCGGUACCGCAGCGUGCAGUGCAAUUGAAGGAGUUCAUUGCUGAAACCAUAAUGCAAAUCAUCAAGCCACCUGUUAUAGUAAUGACAGGUGACAUCGUAGACUCUCUGGGUGCUCGUUUCUUGGACUCUGGUCAGCUGCGCGAGGAGUGGCAACAAUACUGGCGAGCCAUCUAUGAAACUGGUGUCACGCGCAAACAUGUCUGGUUGGAUAUUCGGGGAAAUCAUGAUAAUCUGAAUCUUGCCUCUGUGGAACAUGAGCACAACUUUUACAGGGUGUACUCUGUGCAAGGACGACAACAUUUGCAUUCGUAUUCCUACACCCACCAUGAUGGUGGUGAUCGCUACACAUUUAUUGGCAUUGAUACCUGCACUGAUCCCGGUGUCAAGCGACCGUUCAACUUCAUCGGCUCUCUGCCCCAGGCUGAGCUGAGCAGCUUGCAGCGCAUUCGGGAGGAGACACGAGGAAGCAACCUGACCAUCUGGUUUGGUCAUCACCCAACACGCAGUGUGUCUUCUGACAAAAUCCAAGAGCUGCUCAGGUUCGGUGGUCCUUACUUGUGUGGCCACUACCACAGUCUGCUGGGUUUCUUCCGGGGCAUGUAUGCACUGCAGCCAACGGGGUUCCUUGAGCUAGAGCUGGCCGAUUGGAAGACCGGUCGCCUGUUCCGGGUUGCAGCAGUGGACCAUGGUCUGUUCAGUUUUGUGGAUGUACGUUUCCGUGAGUGGCCUAUAAUCCUUGUUACAAAUCCAAAGAGUGCUGUGAUGGCCAUGCCUUCUGUGGAGCCGUUGCACCGCAUCACCCGUUCAACUCACAUCAGGGCCCUGGUGUUCUCGCCUCUACCAGUGUCAGAGGUGCGCUGCAGUGUGGACGACAGCCAUUGGCAACCCCUGAAGCAGGUUGCCGAGGGUCCCCUGUGGGUCGCCCCAUGGGACACCAAGGAGAUCUCGCCAGGGCUGCACACCCUCGUGGUGCAGGCCAUGGACCAUGAAGGACUCUGGUCGGAGGCUCAUGUGGUGACCUUCUCGGUGAAUGGUGCCCUGCCCCCCCACGAUGUGGCCAUGCGCAUCCUUCUUCAGGGCGGCAUCAGAGCGCUGCGGCUCCUGUUUGUACUGAUCGUCCUGGCAUGUGUGCUGCCCUUAUGCUGGAUCAAAGCAGUCCAAACAUCAACAUGGUUGGGUCCUCCUGACCUCAGUCCAGAUCGUCGUCUGUGCUGUGGCCGCGUGACCCGAUGCCUGCACCUGCUGGUCUCAGUGGACGUGCUCUUCUGGCCAUUGGUCACCCUGCCUCUCUACCUGGCCAUAGGACCCUGGUUUGUUGGUGAGAUGGUGGAGGGCCACUUGGGUGCCUGCUUUGUCUGGGGCAUCAUUGUCUACGGCACGUUCCUGCCCGGUGGACUCUCCUACUUCUAUGGCAUGGUCUUUAUUGCGAUGUGCUAUGUGCCAUUGGUGUGCUGCCUGGGGUGCACACUGUGGCGAAGGCGCCAGGCAUUGCGUGCGGGUGCUGCAAAUCCAGCAGUUAGUGCACUGCCACUGGUGGCUGUGCUGUCCCUCCAGUGCCUCUGGGCAGCCCUGUUCGUCCUCGCCUAUGGCUACCUGGCACUGGUCUUUGGCUUCCUGCUUGUCGGCAUGCCCGCCGUCUCUGUCAUCAGCUGGCAGAGGGCGCGUACACUGCCCUACCACCGCCUCGAAAAGUUUGAGCGGUUUGUGAGCAGUGGUGCGGCCAAUGAUGGCGCAGCCAACAGCAAAGCCGGUUCCAGCUGACAGGCACCUGCUUCCAUUCCUUCUUCGCCGUAGCUUCCUUUUCAAUCUUACCGGUUGUAAAAUCCUCUUCGUAAAAUGUCACGUUGUGAUCUCUAGUCAUUUCUUAUUAGAUUAGGCUGUGCAUCCCUGUAUGUUUUAGCCACUGGCAAAAGCUUAUGUUAACCCUUCCUUUACCAUAGGAAACAACAAAAAUUUUACCAAAUUUACCAGAAAUGUGGUGUACAGAUGGCUAUGUUUCCAGUGCAAGAAUUUAAGCAGCCCUUAAUAAACACAGACAACAGUGGAACCUCGUUGAUACGAUCUUCACUGGAACCAUAAAAUAUAGCGUAUCAUUUGAAAAUCGUAUUAUUCAAUGUAUUAUCCAACCAAAUCGUAUUAUCGGGAAAAGAAAAAAAAAACUUAUCAUCCCGAAAAACAUAUAAAUCAGAAUCGUAUCAGUGAGGUUCCACUGUAAAUACAAUCGAAGUAACAUUGAUACGCGCCGUCGUCUAGUGUCGAGUACUGCAACUAAAAGCAAGCUGGUACAAUGUUCAUGAUAGGUUCGCACUGCGAGGUAUUUUUCCUGAUGACAAAUAUGCACAUCAUUGGUUACAUUGGUGCAAAUAAUGGUGACAGCUAUAACCAACAGCUGUAAUCGGCAGAGAAAGGGUUAACGCAGAUGGUGUAAAAUGGGGCAAGUUGGUUUACACUUGAAAAUGAUCUAUUAUUUCUUAGUGCUCUUAGAUCAUUUUCAAGCUUCUGCUAAGACUUCACAUAACAACAAAAGUGACAAGCAGAUGUGCUUUUAACAAGUCGUUCAAGAAAUCUUGAGAGUGUGCCAGGUUUCACAUAGAAUUUUUCACAACUGAGCAGAUUGAAGAGCUGUGGCUAUGACUUAGUCUCGGGGCUUAACCAUGAACAGUGCCUGGGUGUUGUGCCAGACGAAAGGAGCGCUACACUGGAAAGCUUCGGAGGCAGUGGCCCUAACUUACUUCACAUGAUUUUUAAGCAAGAGAUGAAUAAACUUGGAUUACUAAAGUGAGUGCACUUUAACAUGGCAGGAGUGACAGACCUGCUCGAACUUGGAUGCAAGAGAUGCUGGUGGCCUUUGGAACAACUUGGUUUUCAGUUAAGUUGGUACUAGGUGAAGAAUGUAAUUGCCAUUGGAAUACAGUUAAACCUUGAUAUAACAAACUUCAGUAUAACGAAAUUCUGUAUAUAACGAAGUAUUUAACAUUAAUAACUUCUUUUUCAUAAAACACCACAUAUUUUAAAACUCAAUAUAAUGAAGUGUGUUUAUACACUGUUUCAAUAUAACGAAAUUUCACUGCCACCAUGAAUGAAUACUAAGACAAUGAUUGGAUACUUCCACAGAUGCAGAUGGUCGAAUGAUUGAAUUACAUGCGGCUACUUGCGAAUGCACUUCUCAAAUUACGCGCCGCGCAGCCAAGUGCAACCACCGAAGUGGAGCAGCAUCAUGUUUCGUAUAAAGUGCGCGUGCGAUGAGAUCCUAUCGUGCCCUGUGUGCUGUAUGCUUUAGAUGCAAGUGAAAGCGUGUGAGGAUGAGCCGAGAAAGAUAGUGGCUUGAUGAGUGAGUGCCAUCUUCUCAUGUGAGUGGGGGAAGGGAGCGAGCUCACCGUAAUGUGACGAAGCGCGCACGAGCCUUGGGGGAAGGGUGUGGGGGACAGAUUGGCACAUGUCUCCUUUUUUAGCAUGGCCGUGGUUGCACAUGGCUGAGUGCAUGCGCAGCUCACACGCCCUGUUUUAAAGCUAAUCUGCCGCUUGUGCAAAGACUGGGUGAGCUUAGAUGGCAUGGCAUCGUGUGCUGUGUUUCUGCAGGUUUAGUGCUGGAGGUUGCACAAUCCUGAGUUUCAGAAACUUGUUGAACAGAGAGGCAGACGAAGCAUUCGCUCCUUGCUGCCGGCACUUUUCAUGAUAGAGUUGUCCUUUCGUGAUAGCAUCGUCCCACUGCGCGCAACACUAUCAGCGACUGGGGCAGAGUGGAUGUGAAAGCAUAGCUGGCUUCACAUCGUACCACCAAUUUGAAGAUAUUGUUGACAAGGCAUGAAACCUUAUCUUUCGUCGCCGAUACACAAAGUUAAAAUUUUUUUUUUCUCAUUUAAUUUUGCUUUUCCUAAUUGCCCGAUAAUGCGAAAAAUUAUGCCGCCCCUUCCGUGUAAGAAAAAUCCAUCAGCCACUGUACUUAUUUGCAUAAAAAAAAUUUCAAAAUAAGAAAAUUUCGAUAUAAAGAAACAAAUUGCCAAUUUUGCUGACUUCGUUAUAUCAAGGUUUAACAGUAAUACACACUGGAAUAGAGAAAAGGAAACAUUGAUGAUCCGCCCUAGUCGCCACUGGUGUUUCACUGCCUGAUUGUUUUGCCAUGUGUCAUCUUGAUGGAACACGGGUCCUUAUAAGUGAACUAAAACACACUCGCCAAAUAAAAGAAAUAUUGAUUCUGGUGUUUUGGGGUCCAUAACUAUCCAAGGGUCCCAUAUGGGCUCCAAAACACCAGAAUCAGUAUUACAGUAGACUUCCAUUAAUUCACCUCCAGUUCGAUCAUGAUCAAAGGCCCUGGCCAGCGCCCAUGCAUUUCUAUGGACACAAACUUUCCUUAUUUCGAUCUUAAAAUUGGCCUUUGCCGGAUAAUUCAAACUUGACCAGUCAGCAUGCGCAUGCCUGACCCCUAAGGUUACCCCAAUAGCGAACCCUCUGGUGGCAGUCCCUGUCUCAGCAGAGCUUAGGCGACUGUGGAGGAAGGAGUAAUAGAUGGCAAGACAGGGAGGUUAGCCAGAGGCGACAGUGAAUGCAUUGAACACACGUCAUCUCCUGUCAAAAAUGCCUAUCCUCAGGCUGCCAUGGGAAGAAAGAUUUCCAAGCAAUAACCGUAGCUCACAAUGUCUGAUUAUGAUAUUUACCUGAUUCUAAAAUGUGCCCCCUUUUAAUUUUUUUUCUUCUUUCUUUUUUUUUCCUUUUUUUUAAUUCAUGAUAAUUGGGCUGAAAAUUGCCUGCGCAGUGCAAUCGGACCCGAUAACAGAACUGCCUUCAGGGCAUUCCUAUUCUUUACUGCAUAACACAGGUGUAUGGCGGCGAAGCUGACUUUAGAACACCAGCCACCAUUGUGUAACACAUAUUAGGUCCAUGCCCAUUUUUCUUGCUAAAAAACUGGUAUUAGGUUUCUGCUUUGUUUAGGAGACAUUAGUUUUCUACUUUGGACACAUAAAAAGUGAGCACGCGUUUGAUUUGUGGGCAUGUUAGAAUCUGGAAAAAUACUGCCAAAUGAAUUAGCAGUGUGUUUUGGAGUUUUUUUCUCCAUCUUGUUUAAUUCAACCUGCCAAAUAAUUGAUCUAUUACAUCGGUCCAAUCAAGGUCGACAUAACGCAAUCGCUUUUAUUUUUUAUUUUAUUUGGCAAGUAUGUUUAGUUCAAUUAUGUUCCUUUCUCACCAGAUGGGUUUCCAUUGAACAUGGGACUGUAGGUCUUUAUAGUGACCUUGCUUAACCAUAUGUACACUUUUUCUCCAGCAAAAUACUUAACUUUCAGGCACUUCUGACGAAUGUAGCUUAAUGCAAAUAUGAGGACCCUUGUUAAAUCUCUGAUGUUAGUGUUUGAACCACUAUAGUAACUCUAUUUUUUUAGAUAUCACUUUUGUUUUACUAGAGAGCUCAGCAGUUUCAAAAGGGUGUCUGUCCAACCUAACUUUGUGCGUUAAAGUAUUUUGUACUACAUAGAAGAAAAAUUUAGCAAUGUACACCCAGCUUGUUGACUGAAUUGAACUGUUUCAUUCAGUAUUCUGUUAUCCUAAAUAUUUGCACAGCAUUUCCAUGCAUAAGCUGUUGCAUUUAAAAUGACACCUGCUGACCUGUAACUUUUACACUCUGCUCAAAUUCUGUCAAGAGACCUCACGAGAGUUUCCUGAAUUUGUGAUGAAAACUGCACCUUGGUGUGAUGUUCUAUAUAUGUAUUUUCAUUUGCUGCACUGACUUCACAGUUUCAUCCAUUCAUCUUGUGCUGUUAAAAUGAUCUUUAGGAAAGGAAACUACUUGUACAAGCUUUCCUGUACAGUUCACAGUAAACUGCUGCAAGUAGAUAUUUGUGUAAACUAAUUAAAGAGACACUAAGGAGAAACUCUAAAUUAGUUUAGACAGAUGAAGUUAAUAAAGAAAAUAAACUUUCUUCCCAAGGCGGAAUUCGAACCCGCGUACACCGGUCCCAAAGGGAGCAUCGUAACCACUAUGCUAUACAGCCACACUUGCAGAACAUGCAUUUAUGCGAACCAUAUGAUUGCGUUCGAGCGUCGUCGUCUUCGUCCACAGCUGGUGCGUUCGUACGCUUGUGCUCUGCGAGGUGAAGAGGUUUUGUGCGCUAUGAGAGCGAGAGAGAGAGACUCAUUCACGGAGCGGGUCUCCUGGAACGCGGUGUCGGCAUUGAAACGCGGUGUCGGUGUUGCAAGCGGCGCUAUGCAACACGCAGUGACGGCCUUAAAUCCGAGACGCGCGAAAAGAAAUCAUCAUCAUCAUGAGUAAUAAGUGGAAAAGUUUGCGCGCACUUCCAGAAAAUGCUGGGCUACUUUCGCCCAGCUUCGCUGUUUCAAGCAUUGCAGGGCUGAGUGCAAGGUUAAACGUUUUUUUCUGGGUGUUCUCACAAUCCCUGAAUGGCAUUAAUAGCCUGGUGAAAUAAACUUGUUAGCCCUUCAGUAUGAUUCAGCACCAUUAUAUGUUUAAUUUCUGGCUUUUUAUCAAAUAACUUCACUCGUAUUGUGCUUGCUCACAUUCUUGCACCUUUUUCAGCUGUAUAGCUCCAGUAUGAAUUUUGUGAAAGCACUGUGACCUGUACACAUUGACAAGCUCCUCAAAAAUUGUUUUAACUUUGUUUUUUACAUCACAAAUCUUGUCCUUGUGGUCUGUUUCAUACAUUGAUCAUUGGCAAUUGCCUGAUUUUGUCACUUAGAAAUUGAAAACAGACAUCGUCUGCAAGCCAGAUACUCAAAGGGCAAUUUGAGCAAGUGUACUAAUAUUUACUUUCAAUGCCUUGCUACCGCUGCUGUCAACGUUGCAGUCCGUUUUCUAUUCUGUUCACGGCAUGGGAUGAACUUCUGGCUGUGGUGGCUGCAUUUCGAUGGAGUGAAAUGCGAAAAUGCCCGUGUACGCAUUGGGUGCACAUUAAAGAACCCUAGGUGGUUGAAAUUAAUCCAGAGUCCUCCACUCCGGCAUGCCUCAUAAUCAAAUGUGGUUUUGGCACGUAAAUCCCCAGAAUUGAAAUUAGCAAGCCACUGGCAAAUGCACAAUAUUUUUUUUUCAUGUUUUUAAACUAGGUCUCAUCACAGCAUGAGAACAGUACAACAAAUCUCUGUCAGCUGUAGAGAGUGCUCACGGUUAAAUUUCAGGUAUAGCGCAAAAGGACGACAGAGGAGAUGAAGAGACAGCGCUGCAAACGACUGAUUGUUUAUUGCAUGUGGUCACUACAUAUAUACAGUAAAAGCUCGAUGAUACGAUCACGGCUAAUACGAAUUUCCGGAUGAUACGAAUUUUUCUGUGGUCCCGGCCGAGCCCCAUUACUUUGCAACGUGCUAGAGAACGGUUGUUACGAAUCAAUUUUCAGCCUGCGUCGGUUGAUACGAAUAAACGCCGCCCCACCGACGGCCGCGAAAGAGAACAGCGCGCAGUCACGCGCUUUCUCUCCUUCUCUUUUGGUGCGGAGGCGCGGCGCCGGACAGCGCAGACUCCGCGACUGGGCGCGAAGAGUUUGAAGCGGUGGCGCUUCAAGAAAUAAAUGCUUUUUACGUACAUGUGCCUGAGUGAGUUCACCUCUGACUCUUUAAUUUAGCUACAGUCGAAUCUCGUGAAUUCGAACACGCUUAUUUCGAACAUACCGCGCACCGACAAUGCUCCUAGCAGCGCGCCAAAUAACGCGGCGGCGCCUCCGACCGGCAUUGCUCCGACACCGCCAUAGAGCAAAAGCUCAGGAGAGACCCCUCAAUGCCGCGCGCGAAGGAACAGGAAAAAAAAAAAAAAGAACCCGCGGCGGAAACUUCCUCCUCUCUCAAAUUGCAAGGUCGCCGUUUCUGCAUCGCGCCGGAACAAGCGUGUUCUAGACAACCGUAUUCUAGCACACACUAGUGCCGACGUCUCAGCCACGCGGAUAAAAUGGCAGUGAACCCUUCUCCUCUAUUUUCUAGUCACAUGUUGACCUUGCACGCUGCGGCAGCAGCGCAGAGGAAAGCAGCGGCAGAGGCACAGUCGGGCCAACGAAACUGCCACGCCCGCAAACGCUCGCUUCCCGAUAACGGCAGAAAACGAAACUUCAGGGGGCGGCUAAAAUAAGCUGGCGCCAGCACGGCGGCGGGCGCACGGAGUCGAAGGUGAGAGAGCUACGAGGGAGUUGAGAGGGAGGGCGAGGGGAGCCACCGAAGCGGCGGAGUUGACGCGGCCAAAUCCGCUUCCCUGCCGCCCACCUCCCUCACCUUCGACGGUCUCCGCGCGCACCCGCGUGCCGGCGCCGCUCGCUCGCUCCCUGAAGCUUCGUUUUCUGUCGUUAUCGGGAAGCGACCGUUAGCCAGCGUGGGCAGUUUCGUGGCCCGCGCUUGCUAUGCGCUUGCGCGCCGCGAUAUUUCACGACUCGCACCGUUCGUGCAUCGUGCUAUGGUGCACGAAUACUUCAAAAAUACGUACUUUCAAUUCGAACAAAUUUUCGGGCCCCUUCGAGUUCGAAUUAUCGAGAUUCGACAGUAGUUUUAAUUGUGUUUCGAUGAUACAAAUUUCGGCUAAUAGGAAUAUUUUUCGUGACCCCGUGAGAUUCGUAUCAUUGAGCUUUUACUGUACCCACAUAUAUCAUAAGCUUAUUGCCCUUGUCAAAUGCUGCCGAUGGUUACAUGCAAUAUGAACUUGUGUGAUGGCCGCUCUCAUAUGACAAGGUUGAACUGUCCAAAAUAGAUAUAUUUUCGGAUUUUGCCCAUGCCUGAGUCGCACCUCUAACUUUUGGGGAUGAAAAUUCUUCCGAAUGAAGCUUAGUAAAUGGAAUAAAGGAAAGCACAAACUUCAAAUGUGACGGUAGUAAAGACCGAGAUUUCCAUCCAGUUUGAAGUUUUUGCUUUCCUUUAUUUCAAUCAGUAAAGAACCAACUAGCCCAGCAACACAUUUUGUUAAAAUGAAGCUUAUUUUAGCUGUACUGAGACGUAGGCAGAGUUGAGUGUUGCUUGGUUAUGUUUUUAUUGGUGUUGUUAUCUGGAGCUUUCUGUACACACAUUGCAAAACUCACUUUAUGGAACAUCUGCAAAAAAAAAAGUGCACUCUGUCAUGCAUGAAAUUUUAACAAAAAGAAAACUGCUACGUUAAUCUAUGUGGUAGCCUUAGCCCUGAGCACACUGUGUUCCCACGUUAAUUCCUUGCAUCUCAUGUUGAGAUUACAUUUACAGAUGCAACGUCUAUGCAACUGCCUAUUACAACUUUUUAUUUUGAUUCCAUGGGUGUGUCAACCUUUCUCUUUACUCACUUCAUUCGUAUUGUGUACAGGCCUGUGAGCUUUACUCCUGCACAACUUUCUGUGACAGUGAAGGGAGAGCUACACAGGCAAAGCACAAGUUACUGUACAAAGUAGUCCGGCAGGAUUUGAUAGCGCUUCAGUUGCUUGGACUAGGUACUGAAUCAGCGUAGUUCCUACGUCUGGCAGCUUUGCAUUUGCCUAAAAGCAGAAGUGAAAAUCUGAGAGUUAAGCUCAAUAUUGAGUGGUGUACUACUUAUCUUGUUAUAAGCACUAAAUUGUAAAUAAGGUGUUUGUUCUCUGAUUUCCAGCUUAAACUAAUGUGAAUGAGAAUGUAAAACUAUAUUUUCAGCAGCGCUCUUACUUUUGUGCACUUCACCUCCGUAUCUUUCCCUCCGUUGCCGCAGAAACUUGACUGUGAGUAUGACCAUGUUGCAGCUUAUGCCUGCAUCCAUCUGUGAUGCUAGUCACCAGCAGAGUUAUUAGUAUUGCAUGGUGCCUCACCUCAAUAAUAAAGAAAUGUUCUUGGUUGUGUA